UUUAGUCGGCUCGGCGCACGUUGGAACACUCUUUCUGGUUAUGAGGAAAUUGAAAAACUGAAGGACACGGUGUCUAAGCUAGAACGAAGACUGGAGGGCUUGCGCGAAGAAUUGCAACAGAAACGGCAAGCAUAUCUUGCAGCAGUAUCAGAACGAUCGUCCUCUCAGCGUCAACUAUCGGACCUGCUGUCGCGAAAAUCAACCUGGUCAGAAGAGGAGCUGGCAACCUACACGCGGUUGCUGCACUCUGAGCAUUCACAAGCGCGUGCGGAGAAGGAGGCAGAACGCGAAUAUGAGCUAGCCGAAGAGAUCGUCCAGAAAUCGUUUGACAUGCUCAUGAGCGCCAUCGCUCAGCGUUAUCACGAAGAACACAUUUGGAGUGAUCGAAUUCGAAAUGUUUCUACUUGGGGUAGCGUCGGAAUCGCCAUCCUCAACGUUGUCGUAUUCACAAUGGCGAUUUUCCUUGUAGAGCCAUUCAAGCGUAAAAAGCUUGCUCUCAUGUUGGAACAUCGGCUCGUAGAAGGAGAGGCACAGAAUGCAGAGAGGCUAGCGGGAGCGAUAGCCUCGAUCGAGAAGCAGAUGAAAGGCAUGCAGAAUGCAGUAGAGCAACUU